GACCAGGCCAUGGGGAGGCCGAGACAAGGGAAUGCAUUUACUACAAUGCCAACUGGGAGUUGGAGAAGACUAACCAGAGUGGUGUGGAGCGCUGCGAAGGGGAGAAGGACAAGCGACUCCACUGCUAUGCCUCCUGGAGAAACAACUCAGGCUCCAUUGAGCUGGUGAAGAAAGGCUGCUGGUUGGAUGACUUCAACUGCUAUGACAGGCAGGAGUGUGUAGCCACAGAAGAAAACCCUCAAGUGUUUUUCUGCUGCUGCGAGGGCAACUAUUGCAAUGAGAAAUUUACCCAUUUGCCUGAAGUCACCGGUCCAGAAGUCAUAUACGAGCCGCCGCCGCCAACGCCCUCCCUGCUCAACAUCCUGGUGUACUCUCUGCUCCCCAUUGCAGUCCUCUCCAUGGCCAUCCUCUUGGCCUUCUGGAUGUACCGGCAUCGGAAGCCUCCCUAUGGGCAUGUGGACAUCAAUGAGGACCCUGGCCCACCACCCCCUUCUCCCCUGGUUGGCCUAAAGCCUCUGCAGCUUUUAGAGAUCAAGGCAAGGGGACGCUUCGGCUGCGUGUGGAAGGCUCAGCUGAUGAACGACUACGUAGCAGUGAAAAUCUUCCCUAUUCAGGAUAAACAGUCUUGGCAGAGUGAGAGGGAGAUUUUCAACACUCCUGGCAUGAAGCAUGAAAACCUUUUGCAAUUUAUUGCAGCAGAGAAAAGAGGGACAAACCUGGAGACAGAGCUCUGGCUGAUCACAGCUUUCCACGACAAGGGGUCUCUGACGGAUUACCUGAAGGGCAAUAUUAUCAGCUGGAAUGAGCUCUGCCAUGUUGCAGAAACAAUGGCUCGUGGCUUGUCCUACCUUCAUGAAGAUGUCCCUUGGUGCAAAGGUGAAGGUCACAAACCUGCUAUAGCACACAGGGACUUCAAGAGUAAAAAUGUCUUGCUGAAGAACGACUUGACAGCAGUGCUAGCUGAUUUUGGACUGGCUGUACGGUUUGAACCUGGAAAACCUCCAGGGGACACUCAUGGACAGGUGGGAACAAGGAGGUAUAUGGCUCCUGAAGUGUUAGAGGGAGCAAUCAACUUCCAACGAGACGCCUUCCUGAGAAUAGACAUGUAUGCAAUGGGACUGGUGUUGUGGGAGCUAGUCUCCAGAUGUAGAGCAGUUGAUGGUCCCGUGGAUGAAUACAUGCUGCCUUUCGAAGAAGAAAUAGGUCAGCACCCAUCCCUUGAGGACCUGCAAGAAGUGGUGGUUCACAAGAAGAUGCGCCCCGUGUUCAAGGAUCACUGGCUAAAACAUCCCGGCUUGGCGCAGCUGUGUGUGACCAUUGAAGAGUGCUGGGACCACGACGCGGAGGCUCGGCUCUCGGCAGGCUGUGUCGAGGAGCGCAUCGCGCAGAUCCGCAAAUCCGUAAACGGCACUACCUCGGACUGCCUCGUCUCCAUCGUGACAUCCGUCACCAACGUGGACUUGCCACCCAAAGAGUCUAGUAUCUAAGUCCUGGUUCACUUUUGUCUUUCCAGACUCAGUGGAUUUAAAAAAAAAAAAACCCAACAGAAAAAAAAACCGAGAAAAAAGUUUUAAAAAAAAA